AUGCCCUUUCCAAGCACUGCGCCGUAUUUUGUGAUACUCUAUUACAUAUCGCUCUAUCGACACCAUCGUCCAUGCGUAUACUGCGUCUUCACAGUCAUCUUCCUGUUCUCAACAACGUGCUACUGGGGCGCGGACCGAUGCUGGAUCGACCUGAACCACUUUCACAUCUUUGACCCGAUACGGCACCCGGACGGAUCGCCGACCUCGACAUUUGGCCUGCAGCUACCAGCCUUCAUGACCACACUUGACGAUUAUUUAGAGGCCUUGUUGCGCAUUCUCGGAGGCGGCCAGCCUCUUGCCCGCGUCAUUCGGUCAGGGUCCGAUUUUGCAGCCUUUGCAAAGACGUCAGGGGCCGCAUCUCAGGCCUCGCUCUCUCCUGUCACAGACGCCGUUGCUGCCGUCCUGUCUGCAGCAGCAGCUACAGGCCACGCAGGUACAGCCGCUGUCGCCGGACCAUAG